UGUAAUCCUGUAAAAUAUAAACAAUCACUAGCUAACUCAUGCAAUCCUGUAAAAUAUAAACAAUCACUAGCUAACUCAUGUAAUCCUUUAAUAUAUAAACAUUCACUAGCUAAAUCAUGUAAUCCUUUAAUAUAUAAACAUUCACUGGCUAAAUCAUGUUAUCCUGCAAGAUAUAAACAAUUACUAGCUAACUCAUGUGAUCCUGUAAUAUAUAAACCAUUAAAAGCUAACUCAUGUGAUCCUGUAACAUAUAAACAUUCACUGGCUAAAUCAUGUAAUCCUUUAAUUUAUAAACAUUCACUGGCUAAAUCAUGUAAACCUGUAAAAUAUAAACAUUUACUAGCUAACUCAUGUAAUCCUGUAAAAUAUAAACAAUCACUAGCUAUAUCAUGUAAUCCUUUAAUAUAUAAACAUUCAAUGGCUAAAUCAUGUAGACCUGUAAACUAUAAACAAUCACUAGCUUACUCAUGUAAUCCUGUAAAAUAUAAACAAUCACUAGCUAACUCAUAUAAUCCUGUAAUAUAUAAACAUUCACUAGCUAACUCAUAUAAUCCUGUAAUAUAUGAACAUUGA